CCCACACCCACCCACACCCACACCCCACACCCACACCCUAAAAAGAGAUUAAGACUAAUGUUUUCAUUUGAAAUUUGUUGUAUUAAUGUUGAGCGAUCUCAUAUGUGCGGUUGAAAUCAAAACUUAUCGAAUGAUAUGUUUAAUCGAAAACAUCAGUCAAAACGAUUGAACUUGUUAUAACCUCUUCCUGAUCACGGGGCUGGUUGCAGUUACUCCAUAUGAUAUUAGUUGUAAUCGUUUCAUGUAAUAACGGAAAAGUUAUAUAAAACUUGAUUAAUGAAUCGAAAGAAAUCUAUAAUAUAAUUAUCUAAUAUUAAAAAUAGAUUCAUACACACACUACAGUUCGUUCAUUUUAUCGUAAUCAACGAUUUUCAAAUGAUGUUUAUCGAUAUAUUGAACAUGGUCUUCAUUUGUCAAUAACUGGUUUUACAUUAUCAAUAUGGAUGAUAAGAAAUAGUGCAACAAAAGAUGGAGGAGAAAAUUUAUCGAAAAAAAACAGUAUGUCAUCAAGAGAACUCUUUAAUAAAUAUCCAUCAUUGUUUCAUUUAUUUUAUGAACAAUUACAACAAACAACAAGUACUCGUCCAUUAAUUGAAUUAUUAUCAUCAUCAUGUUUAUUUGCUAUACUUUUAAUUUUUCGUCGUCUUUAUCCAAGUCCACUUAAGGGGGGUUCCCCUCAGAAAAUUCAAUUUUUCGAACAUGAGUCGAAAUUGAAGUUUAAUCAUAGGAAUAUACACCGAAGUCUCCUCUUUCAGAAUAUCUAUAGUUUAUCGAAAAAUGAAUUGAUUUUGACGAACUUAUUAUCUAAAACUUCGCUCCUGCUAUCUUAUUUUUUGAGAAAUUUUCACGGCUUUUUUCAAGCUUGUUCGACUUUUUAGGUUGCUUUCUCUUUGCAUCAGCAUUUCGUAAAGUUUUUUUUUUGUAUACUAAUCACUAAGAGACUAUCAACACGUAAUAUUAAGAUCACACAUUUAUAGCCCGUCUUGAACAUUGAUAUAUAAAUCAGGUGAUUUUCGAAAAAAUCGACUUCUAAUACUUAUUUUCCGUUUUUCUCAAAAUCAGUUUUUUUUCAUGCAGUUUACGCAGACAGGUUUUUCUCCAUAACAAUUCGACAUGAAAGU